AACAAAAUUUUGAUGAUGCGGCAUCAAAAUUUUGUUCUACCUUCAUUGAAUGGCAUCACGUUCUUUGGAAUAAAAUUAUUAGAUUGUAUGAAGAAUUACAAAUUAGAGCAAAAAGUGAUGAUAUCCAAGCCAUUUUUGCAAAAAUAAAUGCAGAUGAUAUUGAAAAAGUGUGGCACCAAUUCCUUAUUAAUAUUGACAUUGCUGCAAUUCGUGAUGAGUCUAAUGGCUCAAAUAAUUUUGAAAGAUUACUUUUAGAUGUGGUGCGCAAUGGUAUAUGGGCAUUAACUUAUUAUAAACAAAAGCCUGCCCAAGCAGUUUUUGUCAAUUUAAAUAAUGAUCUAUAUACCGUUAAUCUAAACGUUUUAACAAUUAGUGGUUGGAACGUUGGAACAUCUAUCGACUUAAGUCGAUACACUUUUAAUGGUCAAAAGG